AUGUUUCAAACUAAAACAAAAUAAAAAAGCUUUAGAGAAUUACAUACUGUGUAAGAGAGACAAGCGAUAUUUAAGGAUAAGAUAAGUCAUUACCCAGAUAUGAUUCCUGUGAUUUUAGAGAAACAUCCAAAAUCUAAAAUCUAACAUUUGAAUAAACAAUUGUACUUUCUACCUUAAAAUAUUGAUAUUUACUUUCGGAUGAUUCAAUUCCGCGAUACAAUAAAAAGCACUUUACAGAUUUCAUCUAAGUAAUCUCUAUACUUUCAUAUUGGAAAUCAAGUGUUACCUGAAGAUAUCAAAUUGGCAGAUAUUUAUGAGAAGAAGAAGGAUUCAGAAGAUGGAUUCUUAUAUAUAACUUUCUCUGAUUUAGAAGUCUUUGGAUUCAAUUCUAAUUGA